AUGCACACAUGGCGGCGGACCUUCGCCACGUCUGUCGCCAGACUCGGCUCUAGCCCCAUACCGCAGUCCCGAAUUGCUGCUCUGCGAUGUGCGCAGAUCCUCCAGGCUAGCAAAGCGGAUGGGCCUUGCACCUUGGAAGACAAAGAGAUCAAGGUCAAUGGGUUCAUUCGGUCGGUUCGCAAGCAAAAGCGGUUUGCUUUUGCGGAGAUCUCAGAUGGCUCUACUGUCGAGCCAUUGCAGGCGAUCCUGAAGCCUGCACAGGCAGCUGAUCUAUCUACAGGCACUGCCGUUGAGAUAUCCGGCGUGUGGAAAGCUUGCCCAGCUGGAAAGGAGCAGACUCAUGAGCUCCAGACAACCGAAGUGACCGUGGUUGGAGCGACGGAUCCAGAGGUAUUUGUUGACGACGAUCACAAGCGCAAAUGGGCUGAGCUGACCGUCGCAUCAUGUUCGCAGACAUACCCGAUACAAAAGAAAUACCAUAGCCCAGAUUUCUUGCGCCAGAUCCCCCAUCUCCGUAUUCGAACGCCCUUCCAGUCCCUCCUCGCGCGCUUUCGAUCCGAAUGCCUGUUCCAACUGGGCAACGUCUUCCACUCCCGACCCGAAGGUUCUUUCACGCAAGUCCAACCUCCGAUCAUCACAUCCUCAGAUUGUGAGGGAGCAGGUGAAACAUUCACUUUGCUUCCUCGUGGCGCCGCUGCGCCGUCGAGUACCGAGACCGAUCAUUUCUUCCGAGCACCAAAGUACCUGACCGUUUCGUCGCAAUUACACCUCGAGGCCUACGCGGCUGAACUGGGCAAUGUCUGGACCUUGACGCCCGUAUUCCGGGCGGAGAAGAGUGAUACUCCUCGUCAUCUCAGCGAGUUCUACAUGCUUGAGGCCGAGGCCAACUUCAUGUACGAUUUGGAUUCACUCACGAACUUGGUAGAGGAUCUCCUUCGCGACCUGACUCGCCGAUUGUAUAAUACCCCCGUUGGUCAGGAAAUCUUAUCAGCAAAGCGAACUGGGGAGUCUGGACAAGAAGGCAACGCCGAGGAGUCGAAAUUGGAUCUACUGGGGAGGUGGACGGCCCUGAUGGAUGGACCCAGAUGGCACCGCAUUACGUAUACUGAGGCCGUGGAGAUGCUCCAACGAGCAGUCGCAGAGAACGGCGCUUCAUUUGAGCAUCCUCCUACGUGGGAUGGUGGCUUACAGACCGAGCAUGAAAAGUACAUUGUCGAGGUUUUGCACGAGGGCAAUCCGGUGUUUGUCACGGAUUAUCCCAAGACCAUCAAACCGUUCUAUAUGGCUCCUUCGCAGGGUAACGAAGGUAGCGUGCCAGGCGAGACGGUUGCCUGUUUCGAUCUGCUUCUUCCCGAAGUCAGUGAAGUUGCUGGCGGCUCCUUGCGUGAACACCGUUUGCCCAAUAUCAUCCAGAACAUGCGGGACUAUGGUCUUAUCAAGUCUCGAGUGGCCACCGAUUCCGAUGCACCGGUAUCAAACGACCCAUCCUAUCCCCAUCUCACUGCAGAGGAGGAUCUUGGACAUCUUCAGUGGUAUGCCGACCUUCGACGCUGGGGCUCUGCUCCCCAUGGAGGGUUUGGACUUGGGUUUGACCGGUUCCUGGGCUAUCUGUCCGGAGUUUCCAGCGUCCGCGAUGUCGUGUCGUUCCCGCGCUACUUUGGUCGGGCUGAUUGCUAA